AUGCCAAAUAUGUAUGAAAUUUUCAGGCAUGCGUUUCAUCACAGACGAGCAUCUCCAUGGCCGGAUGGGUCUGAUGGAAGAGAGGAACCUGAAAGACCGAGAGUAAUAAAAGGUCCACGAGGAGACAUGGGACCAGUUGGAGAGCGAGCAAGUUGUUAUUUUGUUUUAGUUGAAUUUAUUGCUGAGAAAUUGAAGAAUAACAGUUAUGGAAAGAUCGAAUAA